AUGGUAACCCUAGUCCCUAGUCCUUCAGAAAAACCUAGAAAUUUAUAUAUGCAUAAUGCAGUUGUUGCACUUCUAAAGUUAUUGAAUUUUUUUUUCCUUCAAAUGCAGGCGAGGGACCUUCCUAGAAUCGUUCAGGUUGCCUACCAUCUGAUACCUUAUUUCAUAUUUAGUGCUCAAGAAGGUUCUAGGAGUGCACUUUUUGCAGCCACUGAUCCUCAGAUCCCAGAGUACUGUGGAGUGCUGAAGUCAGAUGACUGGCCUGUUUGUGCUUUUAUUUCUCAUGACUGUCGCCCGAUGAAUGCUUCUGAAGAAGCACACAACAUAGAAACUUCACACAAAGUUUGGGCUAAGACUUUAGACCUGAUUGGGCUUCCUUCAGAUGCUGUAGAGAAGCUACUGGAAGGGGAAGAAAUCCGAUGCCGGUAUGGCCCCAACCGAGAAUAGGGUUUUGGGCUAUAACAUGACUGACUGCAUUACUCGUUUGGUGGUUGGGUUAGAAAGUGGAAAAAAUUUUGCUGUAGCUUUCUGUGACUGACUCCGUCUCAGUUUAGGUAAUUCAAAUUGGGCAUUCAGGUCAAGUGUUCUACUUUAUCCUUGCUGUUUCAGAUGAUUUUUACUGCCUUCAGUAAAGACGGUCUGUUUCUACCAAUAUAUUAGAAGGUUCAUAGGUUCACUAGAUUUUUCUUAGCUUCACUAGAAUUAAUAUUCCAAUUAUUUAUUA